GCGGGUAAAAAACACCACCGCUUGCUACGUUACUGUUUGCGCCGCCUCGAUGUCCUCCGUGCUCCCUCCCUCUGCCUUCUUACCCGAUGGACCAAUCGAUCUGAAACCUAUCGGACGCUCUAGAAUUCAUACCGGACCAAUCUCCCUUCGAUCACCAAAAGCUCAUCUCGUCUCUUCGAGUUUAUUAGCACCCAAAACCGUGGACUCGUUUUUCAGUCACAAAAUUCAAUCUUGGAAUUCCUCAACUGCUUUCAACCGCGUUCUUUCUCUUCCCCGACUUAAGGUUUCGUCCGAAAAUGCCCAAUUCAACUCGCUUCCUGAGGACGAGCAGGUGCCGCAUGGCCAGCAGCCGAAUUUCGCUGAGUUCAUUACUUCGGAGAGGGUCAAAGUGGUGGCGAUGCUUGCUUUAGCUCUUGCGCUUUGCAAUGCUGAUCGUGUAGUCAUGUCGGUGGCUAUCGUGCCGUUGUCGCUUGCUAACGGUUGGAGCCGUUCGUUCGCUGGAAUUGUUCAGUCAGCUUUUCUUUGGGGGUAUCUGGUUUCACCUAUAGCCGGAGGGGUAUUAGUAGAUAACUAUGGUGGCAAAGUGGUCAUGGCUUGGGGUGUGGCUCUGUGGUCGCUGGCUACUUUUCUUACUCCCUGGGCUGCAGAGACUUCCUUGUGGGCACUGCUUGCCGUUCGUGCUUUGCUGGGCAUAGCGGAAGGAGUGGCUCUUCCUUCCAUGAAUAACAUGGUGGCGAGGUGGUUUCCUCAAACAGAAAGGUCAAGAGCUGUCGGAAUUGCAAUGGCUGGGUUUCAAUUUGGGUCUGCAAUAGGGCUCACGCUUUCACCAAUACUUAUGUCAAAAGGUGGUAUAUUUGGACCAUUUGUAAUUUUUGGAUUGUCAGGGUUUCUUUGGGUUCUGGUGUGGUUAUCAGCAACAUCAAGCACUCCAGGUCGAAGUCCUCAGAUAUCAAAAUAUGAGUUGGAGUAUAUACUGAAUAAAAGGAAAAAAGCCUUUGAUGUAGAUACAAUAAAACCCAGUGGAAGUAAAGUUAAAGUGACUCCUCCUUUCAGGCGUUUGCUUUCAAAGCUGCCAACAUGGUCCUUACUUGUUGCAAAUGGCAUGCACAGCUGGGGAUUUUUUGUUUUUCUUUCUUGGAUGCCCAUAUACUUCAACUCGGUAUAUCGUGUGGAUCUCAGACAUGCAGCAUGGUUUAGUGCUGUUCCAUGGGUUCUGAUGGCUAUCAUGAAUUAUGUUGCUGGCUUGUGGUCAGACAUGAUGAUACAAAGUGGUAUAAGUGUCACUUUAACUCGCAAUAUCAUGCAAUCCAUUGGUUUCGUUGGUCCUGGAUUAUGUCUCAUCGGUUUGGUAAAAGCCAAAAUUCCGUCAAUUGCUUCUGCUUGGCUGACUUUGGCAUUUGGCUUGAAAUCUUUCAGCCACUUCGGUUUCCUUGUGAACAUUCAGGAGAUUGCGCCACAGUAUUCUGGUGUUAUACACGGAUUGGCACUCACUGCUGGAACAUUGGCGGCUAUAAUCGGAACAGUUGGAACUGGUUUUUUUGUUGAUCUGAUUGGAUCUUUCCAAGGGUUUCUGUUGCUUACAUCACUCCUAUAUUUUCUUUCUGCUCUUUUCUACAUCCUCUUCUCUACUGGAGACAGAGUAAAUUUUGAUGAACCUGUUCCUUGAUGAGUGUCAGAAACUGCUAAGCCUGCUGUACAGUGUCUUGUAUACAAAAGGAGUACGAGGAUCAUGUCCUCUGGAAGAAGCUUUGACCUAUUCUCGUCUGUAAAUUCAAUGCCUUGUAUAGCUCUAUCGAGGCUCUCUGUUUCAGGUGCAUGUUCAGUACAAGGUUUCCUUGAUAUGAAGAAUAUAUCGAAGUGACCAAGGAAAAAGAAACAAAGUGUAAAAGAUAAUAAGGUGCUGAAUUGGUUUUCCUUGGCUGAAGGAUUUUAGAGCCAAACGAAUCAUUUAGCCGACAAAGAGAUGGUGGAUGAUGAUUAAUUACACAAGUAACAUUUUACUUGCCUGAUUUUUUUUACUAUAAAGGGAGAAUUUCGAAGUUUAACUUCUUAAUAAUCCGAACUCUAAUGAAAAAUGAAUUUCAGGAAACAGAAUUUUCAAUUAUAUUAAUUCAGAAGGUGAUUGUAUUAGUUUAUACAAUUAGAUUUUAUGCAUUUUGAUUGUGUCUCCGAA